AUGUAUCCCUUUCUCCCCUGGAGUCAGAACCAGUCUAGUGUCCGCUCGUCCCUGAGUGAGGCGACCACUAGCACCCAGAAUGUUUCCUUCAGCUUCAGCUACGGCAGUGCCUGCUCGCCCACCUCCAUGCCGCCUCCACCACCCCCUUCUCCCAAUGACUCGCUGCUCGACAUCACCCCCCGCAAGUGCUCCUUCUCCAAUGGCUACGAGAUGAACAACUCCUGCGCCUUCCCCUCGUGGCCCAACCGCGAGUCUCUGCUGAGUCCCCAGUCGGAGGCGUCGACGGCCAGCGCGUACCUGUCGGAUGAGGAUCUCCUCCCCCUCGGGGGGUCUGCGGCGCCAUCGGAGAGCGCGAUCGACGAGGAGUCGGCCGCGCAGGACCCCAUGGGGGUGGUGGACCUGACGACGGAACAGCAGAUCCAGAUGAUGCGCGCCGCCGCUGAAGAAGAUGCCCAGCGCGCGCGUUUCCUGGCGCAAGUGCAGGCCCAUGCGAGAGCACAGCAGGCGAUGCGGGUUGCACAGCUGGCAACGGCCGAGCGCGAGAACGCAAAGCGCAAGAAGCGCAAGGCGGUCCCCGACAGGAAACGACGCACUGCAUCGGGGUCGAAAGCCACGGCGUGCCGCGCCUAA